AUGCCAUUUCUCGAUGGCAUUGAGGUGUCUGACGAGCUCGCCGGUCUUACAGGCUUUGGGAUCGGGGCGGAGAGCCUUGACGGCGACGGCAGGAACGGGAGAGAUGCCUUCUUCUUUUACGAUCCAGCCAAGGAUCCCCGCCUUUCUCAGCCACAGCACACCCCCCACCGUCAGCAGCCUGCACUUGGGCCGCAUCAGCAGCAGGAGGCUGCAGCGCGCGCUGCAGCCGCUGCCGCCGCUGCCGCUGCUGCUGCCGCGUCGAAGAAGGGGGGAGCGGCUUCCAGGCGACCUGCCGCUGCUCCCUUCGCACUGGAAGAGGGGGCGCUUGCCCUCACGAGGCGUCAAGAUAUGAGUCUCUUCAGUCCACUGCCGCUUGAGGCCGACGAUCUGAGUCUUUGUGAAGGGCUGCUCGCGACGUGGCGUUUGCCGUUGGAGCGCCUGAAGCCUCUGCUUCUCAUAGACAGGCUUGCUCCCGAGGAGGAGCCUUGGAUUUCCGGCACGACGAUGCUUGCCGUUAUUGGCCUUCCUGUUGACAUUUGCUGCUCUCACGCUGGCGCGCUGCUCGCUGCAGCGUGGCUUCGAGCAGUGGGGGCGUCGCCGGAUACGGCUCUAGACGAGGAUCUCCGUAGAGGUAUUCAAGUCUUCAGAGAGGGCGGCCUGCUGGCUGGCAGCAGCCCUCCUCUGCUGCAUGACGGCGCGAAAGACUUUCAGUUUCCGCAGCACCAUGCAGGGAGUGCUGCCACCCUUUGGCCCCCCGUCUCUCCCUCUGACGAGCUGUCGGGGGCUGUAGAACUCUUCGAUCACUACGGACCGUCCAAUUCAGUCCCCAGUGACGUGGCAGCUGCCCCUCCGCUUACUUUCGUUGCAUCUGCUGGAGCAGAGGCCUCUGCGCCUCUCGGAGGGGCGGCUGGCAACAACAGCAGCAGCGGCAGCAGCAGCACCAGCAGCAGCAGCAGCAGCAGCAGCAAACAGCAGCAACAGCAGCGGCUCGUAGGGAUCAAGAAGGUGUCUCUCUUGCUGGGGGCCGAUGCCAGCGCGCUGAACGCACUGCCAGUCUCUUCCCUGCGGCAGGGUGUAGCUACAGCGGGAACUGCUGCUGCUGCCUCCCCCCCCACUGGGCUCUGCAGCAACUCCCUGCCUGCCAUGGCACUGCUGCAUGCGGAAAACGAGGCGGCAGCUAAGAAGCUUUGGCUCGUCUUUUCUUCUGGAGAGUGCAUGGUGUACGGCUUCACGCUGGUGAUGAUGCCUGACCCCUCGGGAUUGCGCAUCUUCUGCGAAGCCGCAGCGGCAACGUUCUCCCAUAAUGACCUUUUGGCAUUGCAGCAGCGGCAGCAGAAGCAGCAGCAGCAGCAGCAGCAGAAGCAGCAGCAGCAGAACAACGGGGGGCCAGCUGUCACCGCCCUCCUGCCAUACACCACAGAAGACGACCUGCCGCUCCUCCAGGGAGUCGCCUCGCAGCUCCAUGCGACGGCUGCUAUUGCUGAGGGUUUAGCCUGUUGCGCGCUGCAGUUUACGUGCCUGGAUGCUGCACUGCAGCAUGCAGCUGUAUCGUGCCGCUUCAGGGCUCUUGAUGGGGGAUCCGUCUUGGCGCUGCUUUUGGCAGCCACACCUCCACGCCACCCGCAGCAGCAGCAGCAGCAACAAGGCCCGCCAUGCACCCUGAGGCUCCUGCCUGCGGUUAUUCGGCAGCCGCUGCCUUCCAGUGCAGCAUCAGCAUCAGCAUCAGCAUCAGCCUCAGCGACAAAAAGUGCCGGUGUAAGUACGUCGCCACCGCUCCAAGACACUGAGGGGCUGCCUCCUGCCUUUGCGGAGGCCCUUGUGAAUGCUACCCGCAAUGCGCAGCAAGACUUGGCGGCAGCUGAGGCAGCAGCAGCAGCCGCAAGGAAGUCUGCCCCUGCGGAUCCUGCGGCAGCAGUUUCUUCGCCUUCUUCUGCCGUAGUGGCAGUCCGUUCCAAACCUGCUGCCUGCGCAAAAGCAGCCUCGAAGUCAUCGGCAGGGGCAUCUAGUGUUGCGCCUGAGUGCAGCAGUACCAGUAUUGCGACUACUACUAGCAGCAGCAGUAGCAGCAGUAGUAGCAGCCAUGCUGGCGCCGAGUUGGGUACUGCCGCAGCAGUGCUCGCUGCGGCUACAGCCCCUGCCACCAAAGCAAGCGCCUCGAAAGCCUCCGCGACUUCGUCAGGCGCCGCACUGGUGGGUGUGAACCGUCCAGCUGCGAAAUCCUCUGUUGGUUUCGCCCGCCCCGUAAUGCAGCCGCCUUACCCAGCCGGGAUGGCAGCAGCCGCUACUGCCGUUGCUGCAGGGGACCGAUAUCCUCCUCGGAAGCGCCUCCGCCGUCUGCACAGGAGCAGCAGCAGCAGCAGCACUUCCAGCUCCAGCUCAGAGGGUGAAGAAGCGACCAGGAAACAGCAGCAGGCUGCGCGCCAGCAGCAGCAGGAGACGCGCAGGGUGCAGCCUGCUGCAGCAAAGGCCUCCCCCAAGGUGGCCAGGCUGAUGGCACUGGGGCAUCGCUCGUGUGCGGUGUCGUCUGCUCCUGCAGCGCGGAUGGAAGAGACUCCGGAUCUUCCUGACGCAACGGGGGGGAAGGACGGUGCUGCACUCGAGGGCGACGCGCGCAUGGAGGUCGCAUCCACGGAUACUCGCGGAAGCAGCGCAGCAGCUCGGGGCAGUGGAAGAGGAAGGCGGGGAGCUAGAAGGGGUCGAGGGGCGAGGGCUGCAGUGACGCCUGUAAGAGUUUCCCCCCGCUUGGCGGGUGCAGUUCCGAUUCUAGGAGUUGGUAUGUGGGCUCCCCCGAACUGGGGUAGUCCUCAAGCAGCGGCGGCAGCAGCUGCUGCUGCUGGCGCGGCUGCCGCGGUAGCGGCACAAGGGACGCUCCAAGCAAGGGCCUUCGUCUCCGAGGCUGCGUGGAUCGAGGCGAGCAGCAGCAGCAGAAGCAGAAGCCGAAGCAGCAACAGCGGGGAAAGCAGCCGUGCCGGCAGCUUCUCCGCGAGCGACAGGCAGAACAGAGAGGAGGAGGAGGUGGCGGGGCAGGCGUCAAAGAGUGGCGCCCCUGCCGGGAAGACGGAAGGAAGGACUGCUGCACGCGACAGAAGCCCUCUCGUUGGCGAUCUUGCGGACAGCUCCGCUUUCGGCGGCAGAGGCGACAGCACUGCAACGGCAGACGCCGUGCCGCCUGUAGCCUUAGCAGGCCCCCCGAGUCCAGUGCGUGGCGAGAAGGCUGCAGGUGAGGCUUUAAAGGGUAGUGGGCAGCUGACGGCAUCAGGGGGGAGGGGGCGGCGGGGACCUUCCAGCCGCAGGAGCAGCGAUUCGACUUCCAACAAGGAUGGUGCCAGCAGUUCUAGUAGCUACACUACUACCAGCAGCAGCAGCAGCAGCAGCGACACCGCCAGCAACAGCAGCAGCACAGACAGCAGCACAGGCGCAACUGGCAGCACCAACGGUGCACCUGAGAAAGAAAUGCCUCCUUCCCCGCAGGGUGAAAUGCACUCAGCGGAGGACGAGCACGCCUCUCAAGAGAGGGGUUCAGGACCUGGCGAAAUGCUGCAUGCACAAGGUCCUCUCCCGCCGCGCCGAGGCAUGAGAGGAAGGCCUCGUUCGAGAGGCCUCGGAAGGGGCCCCCCCAGGGGAGGGGGCCCCCCCACGCUGCGGUCCCCUGGAACCGUCAGGCGCUCCCACAGACUUGUCUCGGGGGGUUCUGAGGCUGAGGGUGCGUAA